AUGGCCUUUGGCAUCCUCAGACCGGCCAUGCGCCAGCUCUCCUUCAGCUCCACCCGAAGCUUCCAAAGCUCCGCCCGACGACUCGCAGACGUAACACCUAUCCCAGUACGGAAGCCAGUGGGUGCAUUCCGAGGAGGGCUCUUCGGGUUUCUGCUUGGCUCCACGCUCUCUGGAGCAGGUGUUUACUACUACGUUCUGGACGAGUACAAAGUCUCGAAUGGGUUGCUAACGGAGGAUAUCUACAGCCUGCAAGCUAGUGUGCAGAGAGUACACACAUAUGUGCAGACAUUGGAGGAGAAGCUUAUCGAGCUGGAGAAGAAGAAGAAAUGA